AUGGCGGCGACAGAGAAUCAGGCCCACGAGGGUCGCCUCCAAAAGAGGUUCUCAAAGAUUACCAUGAUUGGCAUGGCUUUUGCAAUUCUCAACACCUGGAUCUCUCUUGCAGGAUCGCUAGGACUUGUUAUGCCAUCUGGUGGCUCUGUUAGUUUUGUUUACGGCUUCAUCUUUUGCGUUAUCUGCAAUAUCUGUUUGAGCGCCAGUGUCGGAGAGCUAGCAUCCCUGUAUCCUACAGCAGGAGGACAAUAUCACUACUCCUUUGCCCUAUCAACCAAAAAAUGGAAGAACCUCAUGAGUUUCAUCGUUGGGUGGAUUAACAUCGCUGGAUGGUUGACCCUCAACACAACCGCUGCUUACUUUGGAGCACGUUUCCUUGCUGCCGCAGCAGUAGCUGGCUCUGGCGGUACCUACGAGAUCACUCAAUGGGGCACAUAUUUGAUGUUUGUAGCAGUAUCAAUUGUCGGCGUUUUCCUGAACAUUUUUGCCUAUCCAAUUCUGAACCGUUGGAAUGAGGGUGCCUUGUAUUGGUCCUUGACCAGUGUUGUGGUUAUCAGUAUUGUACUUCUUUCCACGUCUCCCAAAACCGAUGCCAAGUUCGUCUUUACCAACUUUUCCAACACAACCGGAUGGAGCGAUGGCACAGCUUGGAUGCUUGGACUACUCCAGUCAGCUCUGAGUAUGAUUGGUUUUGAUGCUGUGGCACACAUGACUGAAGAAAUGCCUCGGCCAUCCAAAGAUGCACCUCAAGCCAUGGUAGCUGCUGUCUUAGUCGGUGGCGUAACUGGCAUUGUCUUCAUCUUGGUUAUGCUCUUUUGCUUUGUCGAUCUUGAUCUUCUUCUCGCAUCACCCACUCAGAGCCCUCUUACCGAGAUGAUCUUUCAAGCAACCGGCAGUCAGGUUGCCGCUACAGUUUUGAGUGUUGCUGUUGCUCUGUGUUUCGUCAAUGGAGCAAAUGGCUGUGUGACUUCUGGAAGUCGUCUUCUUUGGUCCAUGGCACGAGAUAAUGGAACGCCAUUUUCCAAAUACCUCUCGCAUCUUCACCCCAAGCUUAAUGUUCCUGUUCGCGCCAUCUUGGUACAAGCUGUCUUCAACCUUCUCUUUGGAUUAUUGUAUCUAGGUCCGGAGGUUGCCUUCAACGCAUAUAUCGCUAGCUGCACGCUUUUCCUCAACCUCUCAUACGCUGCACCAGUUCUCAUUCUCCUUAUCCGAGGCCGACAACUUGUUCUCGCAGAGCCUCCUGAGUUUUCUCUCGGACAUGUGUUUGGAUAUACAGUGAAUUACAUCGCAGUCAUUUUUGUGCUUGUUACAUCUGUUUUCUUCUGCUUCCCACCUGCGAUUCCUAUUAACCUAUCAACUAUGAACUACGUCACGGCCGUUUUGGGCAUCUUCAUAAUUUUCGUGACAGGACUGUGGUUUAUGAAGAGAAAAACCUAUGAAGGACCCAAGCUUGAGUUCAUCUUGGGGGAAGAAUUGCCCGUGGUUGACUCACCAGAGCCACAGAGAACGGAGAAGGAGGUUGUGUCUAGCGCACAUUCGAAGCAAGAGGAGUCAUAA